AUGGACGUGGACCUGGACGUAGACGUGGACGUGGACGUGGACAUGGUCGUGGACGAUGACGUGGACAUGGUCGUGGACGUGGACGUGGACCUGGUCGUGGACGUUGACGUGAACGUGGACGUGGACGUGGACGUGGACGUGAACGUAGACAUGGACGUGGACGUGGACGUGGACGUGGACAUGGACGUGGACGUGGACGUGGACAUGGACGUGGACGUGGACAUGGUCGUGGACGUGGACGUGGAUGUGGACGUGGACUUGGACGUGGACGUGGAUGUGGACGUGGACGUGGACCUGGUCAUGGACGUGGACGUGGACGUGGACGUGGUUGUGGUCCUGGUCGUGGACGUCGACGUGGACGUGGACGUAGACGUGGUCGUGGACCUGGUCGUGGACGUGGACGUGGACGUGGACGUGGACAUGGACGUGGACGUGGUCGUGGACGUGGUCGUGGACGUGGUCGUGGUCGUGGACGUGGACGUGGACGUGGACGUGGACAUGGACAUGGACGUGGACAUGGACGUGGACGUGGACGUGGACGUGGUCGUGGACGUGGACGUGGACGUGGACGUGGACAUGGACGUGGACGAGGACGUGGACGUGGACGUGGACGUGGUCGAGGACGUGGACGUGGUCGUGGACGUGGACGUGGACGUGGACGUGGACCUGGACGUGGACAUGGACGCGGACGCGGACGUGGACGUGGACGUGGACGCGGACGUGGACGUGGACGUGGACGUGGACGCGGACGUGGACGUGGACGGGGACGCGGACGUGGACGCGGACGUGGACGCGGACGCGGACGUGGACGUGGACGUGGACAUGGACGUGGACAUGGUCGUGGACGUGGUCGUGGUCGUGGACGUGGACGUGGACGUGGACGUGGACGUGGACGUGGACGUGGACGUGGACGUGGUCUUGGACAUGGACUUGGACGUGGACGUGGACGUGGACAUGGACGUGGACGCGGACGUGGUCGUGGACGUGGACGUGGACGUGGACGCGGACGUGGACGUGGACGCGGACGUGGACGUGGACGUGGAUGUCGACGUCGACGUGGACGUGGACGUGGACGUGGACGUCGACGUGGUCGCGGACGUGGACGUCGACGUGGUCGCGGACGCGGACGUCGACGUGGACGCGGACGUGGACGUCGACGUGGACGCGGACGUGGACGUCGACGUGGACGUGGACGUGGACGUCGACGUGGACGUGGACGUGGACGUGGUCGUGGACGUGGACGUGGACGUGGACGUGGACGUGGACGUGGACGUGGACGUGGACGUGGACAUGGACGUGGACGUGGACGUGGACGUGGACGUGGACGUGGACCUGGACGUGGAUAUGGUCGUGGAGGUGGACGUGGACGUGGACAUGGACGUUGACGUGGACAUGGACGUGGACGUGGACGUGGACGUGGACGUGGACAUGGACGUGGACGUGGACGUGGACGUGGAUCUGGACGUGGACGUGGUCGUGGACGUGGACGUGGACAUGGACGUGGUCGUGGACGUAGACGUGGAUCUGGACGUGGACGUGGUCGUGGACGUGGACGUGGACGUGGACGUGGUCGUGGACGUGGACGUGAACGUGGACGUGGACGUGGACGUGGACGUGGACGUGGACGUGGACGUAGACGUGGACGUGGUCGUGGACGUGGACGUGGUCGUGGACGUGGACGUGGACGUGGACGUGGACGUGGACGUGGACAUGGACGUGGACGUGGACGUGGAAGUGGACGUGGACGUGGUCGUGGACGUGGACGUGGACGUGGACGUGGACGUGGACCUGGACGUGGACGUGGACACGGACGUGGACAUAGACGUGGACGUAGACGUGGACGUGGUCGUGGACGUGGACGUGGACGUGGACGUGGACGUGGACGUGGACGUGGUCGUGGACUUGGACAUGUUCGUGGACGUGGUUGUGGACUUGGACAUGUUCGUGGGCGUGGUCGUGGACGUGGACGUGGACGUGGACGUGGACAUGGACCUGGACGUGGACGUGGACAUGGACAUGGAUGUGGACGUGGACGUGGACGUGGACGUGGACGUGAACGUGGACGUGGACGUGGACGUGGACGUGAACGUGGACGUGGACGUGGACGUGAACGUGGACGUGGACAUGGUCGUGGACGUGGACGUGGACGUGGACGUGGUCGUGGACGUGGACGUGGACAUGGACGUGGACGUGGACGUGAACGUGGACGUGGACCUGGACGUGGACGUGGACGUGGACGUGGACGUGGACGUGGACGUGGACGUGGUCGUGGACGUGGACGUGGACGUGGACGUGGUCGUGGACGUGGACGUGGACAUGGACGUGGACGUGGACGUGAACGUGGACGUGGACCUGGACGUGGACAUGGACGUGGACGUGGACGUGGACGUGGACGUGGACGUGGACAUGGACGUGGACGUGGACAUGGACGUGGACGUGGACAUGGACGUGGAGGUGGACGUGGACGUGGACAUAGACGUGGACGUAGACGUGGACGUGGACAUAGACGUGGACGUAGACGUGGACGUGGACAUGGACGUGGAGGUGGACGUGGACGUGGACAUAGACGUGGACGUAGACGUGGACGUGGACAUAGACGUGGACGUAGACGUGGACAUGGUCGUGGACGUGGACGUGGACGUGGACGUGGACGUGGACGUGGACGUGGACGUGGACAUGGACGUGGAGGUGAACGUGGACGUGGACGUGGACGUGGACGUGGACGUGGACGUAGACGUGGACGUGGUCGUGGACGUGGACGUGGUCGUGGACGUGGACGUGGACGUGGACGUGGACGUGGACGUGGACGUGGACAUGGACGUGGACAUGGACGUGGACGUGGACGUGGACGUGGUCGUGGACGUGGACGUGGACGUGGACGUGGACCUGGACGUGGACGUGGACAUGGACGUGGACAUAGACGUGGACGUAGACGUGGACGUGGUCGUGGACGUGGACGUGGACGUGGACGUGGACGUGGUCGUGGACUUGGACAUGUUCGUGGACGUGGUCGUGGACGUGGACAUGGACGUGGACGUGGACGUGGACGUGGACGUGGACAUGGACGUGGACGUGGACGUGGACGUGGACAUGGACCUGGACGUGGACGUGGACAUGGACAUGGACGUGGACGUGGACGUGGACGUGGACGUGGACGUGAACGUGGACGUGGACGUGGACGUGGACGUGAACGUGGACGUGGACAUGGUCGUGGACGUGGACGUGGACGUGGACGUGGUCGUGGACGAGGACGUGGACAUGGACGUGGACGUGGACGUGAACGUGGACGUGGACCUGGACGUGGACGUGGACGUGGACGUGGACGUGGACGUGGACGUGGACAUGGACGUGGACGUGGACAUGGACGUGGACGUGGACGUGGACGUGGACGUGGACCUGGACAUGGACGUGGACAUGGUCGUGGACAUGGACGUGGACGUGGACGUGGACGUGGACGUGGACGUGGAGGUGGACGUGGAGAUGGACGUGGAGGUGGACGUGGAGGUGGAGGUAGACGUGGACGUGGACGUGGAGGUGGACGUGGACGUGGCAUGGACGUGGACGUGGACAUGGACGUGGACGUGGACGUGCACGUGGACGUGGACGUGGAAGUGGACGUGCACGUGGACAUGGACGUAG